AUGUCUGCACCACGAAAGAAAUUGUCUGGUACUGCUUUCCGAAAGAAAAGAAGGCUCCAAGAAGAAGACACUUCUAAGAUGGCUGGAUCAUUAAAAAGGUUUUUUAAACCUGAUCCAGUACUAAAAGCUGUAAGCGAGAUGGAGUUUAAAACUAAAGAGAAUUGUGAAGCUGUAGAUGUCGAACCACACCCUUCUACUUCAACUGUGGGUGAACAUUCUUUGGGCAUAGAAAGUGAUACAAACACCGAAGAAGAGAGUUCACAGAAAUCAUCAUCAUCAGAAGAUGAAAAUGGAAAAAGCACGCUGGUAGACUUCUUUGAUCCAUCUGACUGGCCUGAUACGCUUACUAGCUCACUAAAAGAAACCAUCGUUCUGAAAGGUGCGGCAAAGCCAAAAGAGCACUUUGCAUUUCCUAAAGAUGCAUCCAAGAGACGGUUUACAUCAACCCACUAUAGACGGCGCCUUCGAAAUGGUAAAGUGCAUGUUAGAAAGUGGCUUAGUUAUUCUCCUAGACUGGACAAAAUAUUUUGCUUUUGUUGUAAACUCUUUACAACUACGAAAAUGAGCCUGACAACGGGAGGCUACAAUGAUUGGAAAAAUUUGUCCCAGUGUCUGGCUACACAUGAAGUGUCUCCAUCUCACCUCACUGCUAUGGGAGACUGGACAGAACUGUUAACAAGGUUUAGGUCUGGAAGUACUAUUGACCAUUCAUACCAAAGAUUAUUUGCAACUGAAACGCAGCACUGGCAGAAUGUUCUUCAGCGGCUUGUAGCCAUUGUUCAAUAUCUUUGGAAGCAGUGCUUGGCCUUCAGGGGCAGCAGUGACACGCUGUACUCUGAAAAUAAUGGAAAUUACUUGAAACUUGUAGAAAUGAUGGCAACAUGA